CUGCAACAAUAACAUAAAAGAAUAAACAAAAAACAACAAAAGUCGCUGUUUUUUAUACAAAAGAGCCAAGUAGUAGUAAGCCUAACUAGAAACUCAAUUUCAGUAAUCAAACAAACGCGAGCGAAGCGAAGUGGUUGGCCAACAGAAUUAACUCUGUGUGUGUUGUUGACUUUAAAUUAAUUCAUUUUAACCAAUCAUUAAUAUUAUUUUUAAUAUAUUUUUUUACAAUUCAUUUCAUUACGAUUUUGAAUUUCAGUCCGUUACAUUUUAUUUGUGCUAUUAAUCGCGUUUACGAGUUUCUUUUGCAUUUUCGGUCUUAAUUACCAAAAGAAAUUGUCACAAAACGAAUCUAAAUCAAUUUCCUAAAUACAAUUGGAAUACGCGUAGCUAAACUAAACUAUAGUCGUUCUAAUAUAAUGCUAUUUCUAGUUGGUUGUCUCUAUUAAAUUGUUGUUGUCACUGUGCGUGCCACAGAGUCAAAUAGUGUUCAACGUUUGGCGUUGAAAUUGUUUUAAAAGAAAACAACUAAAGAGAGGGUGUGUUUUCUUUAUUUAUUUUCGUGUGUUUUAAUAUAUUUUGCCUAAAAAUCGUUGUCAUAAAAUUUCGUGUUAAAAAAAUAAGUUUAAAAAAAAUUAAAUAAAAAUAUAAAAAAAAUCUUAAUUAAAUUAUAAAAUAAUCUAAAAAAAUCAAAGAAAAGUCUAUUUGAGUGAAAUCCUUUGUUGUGUUUUGUUUAUCGUGAUUUUGAAUAUGUUUCAAAAGAUGGCGCAUGUGCAUUCCUGUUAAAUGAAAAUCUAGAAAAUCAUUUCAAUGAAUGUUAAAAUAUAUUUAAAAUCAUAUAAAAUCUCAUUUAUAAUCUGUUCUUUGUAUGUAAGAAAAAAAUUCUUUGUUUAUAAUAAAAAAUAAUAAAAAAAGUUAAAUAAAUAAAAAAUAAACAAACAACGCAUUUAAAUUUCCCAACGAGCGACCACCUCAAAGUGUGUUUAUAUCUGUUUUGUGUUUCUAUAUUCUACAAAAAAAAAAAAUCAAGUAGAAAAUUAUUUAUAAUUUCAAUUAAAAUAAGCCAAAUAGCAAAAAUAUUGUGAAAAUGUCUUUAAAAGUUUUAAAAUCAUUUAUACUAUUUUUGUUACUGCAACAAAGUGUUUUAGUCAAAUCAAAUAAAAAUUCAUCAAUGAAAUCUUACAAUCUUCGCAAAUCAUCCAGAUUAGAAUCAGCUGUUUCGGACGAUUCAGUGUACAAUUACUUGAUGGAGUUUGAUUAUCUACCAAAAUCUGACAUCGAAACGGGAGCUUUAAGAACGGAAGAACAACUUAAAGAGGCCAUACGAAAUCUUCAGAGCUUUGGCAAUAUUUCAGUGACUGGCGAAAUCGAUAGUGAAACGAAAAAACUUAUUAAACGACCACGUUGCGGUGUCGGCGAUAAUAAUCAUUCAUUAUCAUUCUCACCCGAUAAUUUGCAUCAUGGUCGUAUGAAACGUUAUGUUCUACAGGGACCUAAAUGGGAGAAAACUGAUUUAACAUGGAGUUUGGUUAAUCAAUCAAUGCCGAAUGCAGGUCAAGUACGUAUGACGCUACGCAAAGCGUUGAGUGUUUGGGAAAGUAACUCCAAACUGACAUUCCGUGAAGUGUACAGUGAUCAAGCAGAUAUACAAGUAUUAUUUGCCAAACGUGAUCAUGGUGAUGGCUAUAAAUUUGAUGGUCCUGGUCUAAUUUUAGCACAUGCCUUCUAUCCAGGUGGUGGUCGCGGCGGCGAUGCUCAUUUUGAUGAUGAUGAAAAUUGGGCCGUAACACCAGAACAAUUGAACGAAGAGGAAGAGGAUAGAGGCACUGAUUUACUAAACGUAGCCGUACACGAAUUUGGUCAUUCUCUAGGCUUAGGACACUCCUCCGAUCAAAAAGCUAUAAUGUUUCCCUGGUAUCAGGGUUAUCAGGUUGGCAGUGAUUUACCCGAUGAUGAUCGUACUGCCAUACAAGAACUUUACGGAUCUAAGGUUAAAAUCUGGGGCUCUUAUAAACCACAGCCCAGACCAACAACUACUACCACAACUACUACUACAACUACAACAACUAUGAGACCUUUAGUUUAUUAUCCGCAAAAUAAUUAUCCUAAUCGUUAUUAUCCACAAAAUAAUCCCUAUCCAAAUAAUCCACAACAUUAUCCUACUGAUCGUAAUAGACAUCAUCAUCAACAUCAUCGCACCCAACAUUAUCCAUAUUACAAUAAUAACAAUACACCCUCACGAUCCUAUCCGUAUCCGGAGCAAAGGCCAACUACAACAACAACGACUACAACUAGAGCGACAACAACCACUACUACGACAACAUGGCGACCAAGAACACAACCACCACAACGUUCACCACCGAAACCGACUAAACGUCGUAUAACUCAUCCCACAAAGCCGAGAAAAAUGAAACCCGACAACUGUAUGACCUCAUACGAUGCCAUUUCAAUGAUACGUGGUGAAUUGUUUAUAUUCAAGGGACAGUUCCUUUGGCGCAUAGGUGAUAGAGGUCUAUACCCUGGUUAUCCUACCGAAACUAGACGUUUAUGGACUCAAUUACCUGAACACUUUAAUAAAAUUGAUGCUGUCUACGAAAAUCGACAACGACAAAUUGUAUUCUUUAUAGGACGUAAAUACUAUGUAUUCGAUUCGGUAACCCUGAUACAAGAACAACCUUUGACUUCAUUAGGCUUACCCUACUCACUCGAUCACAUAGAUGCUGCCUUUAUAUGGGGACACAAUAAUCGUACUUAUCUGUUUAGUGGCACCUUGUAUUGGGGUCUAGAUCGUGAUACGGGCCGUGUUGAAUUGGAUUAUCCACGUGAUUUGUCUAUAUGGUCUGGUAUUGGUUACAACAUUGAUGCUGCCUUCCAAUAUACCGACCACAAAACGUACUUCUUUAAAGGCAACGGUUACUGGGAGUUCAGAGAUGAUCAAAUGCGUGUGGCUCAUCCUCGUAAAAUGUCUUCGGCCUAUAAAUGGAUGAAAUGUCCGCGAAGAUCUAACGAUAUAGAUGAUGAAUUAACGCGAACAGCACCAUUAAUUUCGGAAAAUGAUAAACUUGAUUAUGGUACAAGUAAAUCGCAGCAGAUAACUGGGUGUAUUAUAAUAUUAAUUAUUUGUUCGUUGUAUUCUCUACUAUGGAGUUAGAUUUUAUGCUAAAAUAUUAAAAUAGUUAAAAAGAAAAACAACACCUAAGCAUAUAGUUAAGAAUAAAUGAUAAUAGUUAGAACGAGUAAGAGUGAGAGAUCAAAAUGGAUAAAAUUUAUUUACAGAAACACACACACACAUAAAUACCUAAUACCCUACAUCUAUACAAUUAAGACUAAAGAUGAUCUUAUAAGAUAAUUUUAUUAACUAUAUUAAAAAAAAUAAAUAUAAUAUUAUUAAUAAUAAAAAAUAUAGUUAAAUAUAUGUAAACAAUUUUUAUAAAAAUUAUCAAAUGUAUACACAAUUUUUUAGUUUAUUUUUUUUUAAUAUAUGAUUUAAUUUAAUUUUAUAACAAAAUUCCAAAAAUUAAAGGUUAUUCACUACUUUAAAAAAAUAUACCCGUUACAUACAUACGUGUAUUAUAUAUUAGUAAAAUUGUGAAUAGCCUAAAUAUGAUUAAUCGGUUUGUAUUUAAGUUAAUUUUAAAAAUAUUUUAAGUAAAUACAACUUUUUUACUAAAAUGUAGCCAAACUAGACAUUUUUCUAAUGAGUCCAAUCACUUCCAACAGAUUUCUGUUUUUAAAUUUCUUUCAAAACUAUAUUUGUGGAUUUUCUUGCAAACAAAAAGUAUUUCAAAUACUGCCAUAUUUAUUAAUACCGAUAUUAUUGAAAUUUAUUUAUCACAACUACAAAUGGCCACAAUUUUUUAUUUAAUCAAAAUUUAUUUUAAAAAAAUUAUGAUUCGCAGAUCUAUGUAUAAAAGUUGAUAUUUUAUAAGAUCGUUUUCUAAUUUAAAAGAUCAGAUCACAUAUAAAAUUUCAUCUUCAAAUUCCAAUCGUUUUUUGUCAGAUAUUUUCACCCAUUAGAUAUAUCCUAGACCCAUACAAAUAUAGAGUUUUAAUCCUGACAAAGCUUCAUCUUCAAAUUUCCAUCGUUUUGGUCAGAUAUUUCCAUAAUCAAAAAAGAUAUCAUUCCGUUAGUAACGCUUCGAAUUGUUGUUCAUGGACCGAUAAAAAUAUGCAGUUCUGAGAUCCUUUCGACGAAUUAAACAAAAAAUAUGGGCUUCCUAUGCGUCAAUAUUGAAUAAACUAAAAGUUAUUCUUGGGAAUAAUCAAAAGGUUUCAAAUCGCACGAUAUUGGUGGCCAUAUCCAGGUCCAUUCUUUUGAAAACAAUCUCGGUCUGAUCAGUGUCAUUCAUAUUCUCAAAAACAAAAAAAUUAAAACGAUCACCAGUGAUUGUAAUGCGAGCUCUGGCUUCAUUUUUUUAUGAAAUAAGGUGCUAUGAAACCAUAAUUUUUCUGUAUGUAAUUAAUCUAUAGUUUAUUGUGGACAUGUCUUACUCCAUGAGGCAAUUUAGUUUAACCCGUUAAGCGCAAUUAGUAAAUGAACCAACACAUAUUUCAUGUGUUGAAGGGCACCAAAAUAAUACCCUCGAUCUUUUUUCUCACCUCACCUCCUGAUAAGUAUGAUGUGCAUAUUCUUGCACCUCUCGGAAAUUCGGAUCACUGCAACAUCUCCGCCUUUCUUUUCGCUCUCUGAACUUCGAAACGUUUUAAAAACAGCUUCGAAACGUUUAAUGUUUAUUUACGAAAAGGCUCGGAGCGCUACGAAUUCAACGAAAAUUCAAUUGGAAACUUUGAUUCCUAGACAAUAAUGUCAAUGCCAUGGCGAAAAUGGUAUGCUGGGAAUGAAAACAUUCAUUUCAUUUAAAAAAUCGUCGAUUAGACCUAGGCAAAAGUCAUGGUUUAAUCAGAAGUGCAUAAAUGCAAUCAGAUCCAGGAAUGAAGCUUUUAGAUUUUGGCGUAAUAACAAAAACGUCCAAACUGAUACGCUGCAUAAAAAGCGUGUUAAGACGCCAAAAAGCUCUACACGAGCAGUACUGCUCCUUUCUGAUCGAUCGUUAAAAGUUUAAAUGAUAAUGCUAGUUCUUCAAUUCCGACACUUUUCAGGGACGAUCAAACAUGGGAAAGGGCAUCAGUAACUAUGCCAAUUAUAUUCUUUCGAGCGCAUGCCGUUAAAUAGGUUUUAACAAAUCAACAACAUAAACAAGUCUCCUGGACCAGAUGGCAUACCGACACUGGUCUUGAAGCAGUGCUCUUCGACCGUCCAAUAGAAAUUUGUUCACCAUUUUCUAAAGUUAUGGAAAGUAUGGUCAAUUUCUAUCUUAUCAAGUAUUUAGAGACCAACAAUUUACUUAACGAGCGCCAGUAUGGCUUUUGUAGAGAUCGCUCUACGGGAGAAAUACUAGCCUUCCUUACAAUUCACCAUUUUGGCGAAAGAUAAUUCAAAGACGUUUGAUAGAGUGUGGCAUGGUGCACUUUUAUCAGAACUAAUUGCAUUUGAUUUCGGUAAUAACUUCUCUCGAUUUAGAGCUUUCUCUUUGUUAUAGAUGGGAUCUCAUCAAACGAGUUCAAGAUUAAUUCAAGGCUCCGUUUUUUCCCCUAUACCAUUUCUUAUUAUUAUAAAUGACCUUCUAUAUCAAACUUCCAACUCUAUAUACUCUUUUGCGGAUGACAGCAGUUAUUUAGUCAAUUAUAGGCCAAGCCCUCUUGGGGUCAUUGGGGUUAUUGCCCCCAAGAGCGAUGUCCGCUGGACUAAACACAUUUUUUAAGUUUCAGAAGCAUUCAAGUGUUUCAGUUUUUUUAAACGGUGUAAGACAUAAUUCACUCCAUCUGAUCACCUUACUAUUUAUACCACUUACAACCGACCGAAAAUGCGUUUCGACGCGUACAGGAGAGGGCGAAGGUGACUGUAGGGUAUACAACUCUAUUGAUUCACUGGAGUACAGUCGCAAAGUGAGUGUAUUUUACUGUUCUAUCGAAAAAGGAUGUGUUCCUUUGAAAUUAGGGAACUUGUUCCCGAUACCCGCACAUUCUUGCGUAACACACUUCUACCAUUUGAUGUAGAUUGGCCAGUGUGCACAACACACUACAGGAAAAAUUCAUUCUUCAACCGCACGUAUGUGAAAUAAACUUCCUGCAGAGGUAUUCCCUGCCACUUUCGAUAUAGGAACAUUUAAAUCAAAUGUCCACAAACACUACUCCCUCUAUCCUUCUUCCAACAAUACAGCGAUCUUUAAGUUUCAGAAUCGAUCCAUAAUUGACCCCAAACCUCUUUAGGAUAUAAGUUAAUUGUCAACAAUUCAUAUAAACAUAUUAGGUUAAAGUUCGACAAAAAUGAUUUAAAAUCUUAUCAAGCCAAAAUAUUUAAUUAAAAUAAAUAAUAUCGGACAUUUUAUGUUUUCCCACAAUAUAAUUUGAUUUUUGCCAAAAUUUAGCUUAAACUAUAACCUCUAACUGCCCCAUUAACACUGGAUAUUUUUACAAUAUUGUCUAAUGCUUUACAAUAAUAUAUUCUUAUAAAUUAUAAUAUUAAAAUAUAUAAACAAAUAACAUUGUUAAAUGUAAUUAAAUUUAGUUAAAGAAUCUUUUUUGUAUUAAAAAUAAAUCCCGCAUAUAUUUAUAUAUAAUAAGAAUGUGAUAUUAUGUUAAAAUAUAUUAAUGACGACAUCACUAUUUCUUUUCUCAUAAAAACAACUAAACAUAAUUGUCCAAUUCACAAUCGUUGUCGUAGCAUUGUAUGUCAUACAAUUAUUUCAAAUAAAAUUUUUUUAAUUAAAAAAAAAUCAAUUAAAAUAAAAUAUGACAUACUACGAUACAACCAUACAACACCGAUUGUGAAUUGAACAUAUAUAAUACUUUUAUAUAAAUUAUACAAUGAUUAUUUUAAAUAUAAACAUAUUAUUAAUUAGAAUAAUUUAAGAAAAAUUAUAUAAAAAACUGCACAAAUAUUUGCCUUAUAAAAAACCAAGAAUCAGAGUUUAAUUCAUAGUAAUUGUAACUGCUAACAUCAGUGAUCGGCAUUAAGGGAAUAUAUAACUCAUAUAACCAGUUUCAUAACCUCGAUGUCGUUAACUGUAUUAUUGCAGAUCACUAAACGAAAUAUCCCUAAAUAUAACUAAAUAUAAAAAAUUAUGUUUAUUUGCUUUAAACAAGUUCCCACUAAGUCCCCUAAAUAGUUAUAAACCGAUUUAAUAAUAACAACGUAUUCGUUUAAUAUUAAAAAAUAUUGUUUAUUGAAGCUUAUUUCUUUCUUUCCAUCUAUAUGAUCUCAUGAUUGUAAAAAGGAUAUGCUUGUUGUUUUAUAUACAAUAUUUUAUAAAUCCACUCAAAUCUUUAACCAAUAUUGCCUUAAUAUGUAUUUACUAUUUAAGAACCGAUAAAAGAACAACUAAACUAAAAUUUAUGUAAAAAGUUACUUUAAUAAAAAUUAGAUUCUAAUAAAUA